AUGUCUUUCGCUAUCCGCCUCUUCACCACCCUCUUCCUGGUCAACAUGGCCAUCGCCUUCCCUUUCAUGAAGCGCGGCAUCCAGUGGUCCUUCGACCUGUACCCCAGCACACAAUGCGACGGCGAGGUCAGCAGCGACAUCCACUCCGGAAUGGGUAGCACCGGCUGCCGCGCCGACCUGAACACCAUGGCAUCCGCAUACCGCUUGAACACCAUCGCCCCGGGCUGCCAGGUGGAAUUUUUCGAGAACACCAUGUGCGAGAAGAGCGAGACCUCUGGCGUAAUCGUCGAUCUGUCGGCGGGCGCCGAGUCCUGCCAGGCUACAACCCGACGCAUUGGAUCGUACCAAGUGACCUGCGACGAGGGUCGAGAGCUGAGAAUCAAGCGAAAUCUUGAAUAA